ACUUUAUUGGGCUAAAGAAUUAAAUGUCAUACCAAAACUGAGCAUGUAAUCCUAGGAGGCAAGAAAAAAAACCAAUCUUAUCAAGGAGAACAAGUCUAGAUUUAAAGGGAUACACGUGUGUCAUACAGAGUUUUCGAAUGACAUUGCUUUUUUGGCGCAGUGAUAUACAAACAACAGUUGAUAUAUAUAUAUAUAUAUACUUUUUGUUUUAUGAUGGAACACACUUCAUGUCAAUUUCCUUUUCUCUCUCUCUCUCUCUCUCUCUCUCUCUCUCUUUUUCUUUGAUGAGUACAACAAUCACAAAACUGUUUAAUGAUAUGUCUAUCGACAACAAUCAUGAAUCAGAACAUCCAAUCAACAACAAGAGAAAACGAGCUCCUUUUGAAUGUACUAUCUGUAUGAUUUCCUAUAGGUCAAAUAUCUCUCAUAGUACCAAUAAAUGCAGUCAUAGCAUCUGUCGAGAAUGUGCUAGAAAAUACUUUAAUAGUGCUUUGGAAGAUGUUCGAUAUACAUCUUAUGAAACUAUUGAAUGUCCGAGUCCUGAUUGCAAAGAACACUUUGUGACCCAGGAUGUGCUUCAAAACCUUUUCUCUAAAGCAGAAAUGAAACGAUGGUGGACUUUUGCUAUUAUUAAAGCACAUGUCAAAAACAAGGUUAAGUAUAGACUGUAUAAACAGAAGCUAAAUAAUGAUGCAUUAGGUCCGUUGUCCUUUUGCCAAUUGUCGUGCUAUUUAUGAUACCCAUAUUAAAUGUACCAAACAAUGUACAUUUGGGGAAUGCUACGAGUGUCGUCGGGGUUUCUGCAUCGCAUGUCAAAGUCACUGGCAUCCUGGUAACAUUUACAAUUUGUGUUACCUAUAUUCAUAUAUAGAUUCUAUAGGUGAAAUCAAAAUCGUAGAUGAUGAAGAAACAGUCAAAAAAGUAUUGGAACAUGGUCAACAUAAAGAAUGGGCGCGAUGUCCUCGAUGUGAACAUUUGGUAGAGAAAGUAGUAAGUUGUUCUGCUUCUAUAUAUAUCACUUGUUUAUCAUCAUUUCUAUCAGAGUGGAUG